CAGCAACCAUACCAAAGAUUCCAACCGUACAGACAAUUCAGCUCACGCCAACGGAGAGAUCAUUUUCAGCUCCAGCACCAUCUACAUCAUCCCUUCACAAUCAAAAUCAACCUCAGUGACGUCAACCGUUUCGCAAACCCCAGAAAAAGGCCGAGGCUCGCAGGCGGACCCCGCCGACGCCGACGCCGACGCCGCCGUCACUCGGCCCUCGCACGCCUCCAAGGCGUUCCUGGCGCCCGUCGAGAGCAUCACCUCGGCGCCCCCGCUGCCCCCGGAGAGCCGGCCGGCCUCCACCCCGCUCCAGAACAAGUCCGCCGCCGGGCAUGGCAAGUCCCAGAAGCUCUUCCCGGUCCUGGACACCGACUACGACCGCAUCCGGCAGCCCUUCGAGAUUUCCCUCUGGAUCCUGCUGGCCUGCCUGAUGAAGCUAGGGUUCCAUGUGAUUCCAACCAUUUCCAGCAUAGUUCCCGAGAGCUGCUUGUUAAUUGUUGUAGGACUCCUAGUUGGAGGGCUCAUCAAAGCUGUGGGGGAAGACCCCCCGAUCCUAAGUUCAGACGUCUUCUUCCUUUUCCUCCUCCCACCCAUCAUCCUGGAUGCUGGCUACUUCCUGCCUUUGCGCCAAUUCACGGAGAACCUGGGGACCAUCUUGAUUUUCGCCGUUAUAGGGACACUCUGGAAUGCUUUCUUUGUGGGCUCGCUGCUCUAUGGUCUGUGCCAGAUUGGCAGUACUGGUCUGAAUGACAUUAGCCUCAUCGCCAACCUGCUUUUUGGUAGCAUCAUCUCCGCUGUGGACCCGGUGGCUGUCCUGGCUGUGUUUGAAGAGAUCCACAUUAACGAGCUGUUACACAUCUUGGUGUUUGGAGAGUCUCUGCUCAAUGAUGCCGUCACUGUGGUUCUUUACCAUCUUUUUGAAGAAUUUGCCGCAUUUGACAAAAUCACCAUUACGAACAUCAUCUUGGGCUUCCUCAGCUUCUUUGUGGUAUCCCUAGGGGGCGUUUUUGUUGGUGUUGUCUAUGGCGUGAUCGCAGCCUUCACCUCCCGUUUUACGUCGCACAUACGGGUCAUUGAGCCUCUGUUCGUCUUUCUGUACAGCUACAUGGCUUACCUGUCAGCAGAACUCUUCCACCUGUCAGGCAUCAUGGCGCUGAUUGCCGCCGGCGUGGUUAUGCGUCCUUAUGUGGAGGCCAACAUCUCCCAUAAGUCCCAUACCACUAUCAAGUAUUUCCUGAAGAUGUGGAGCAGUGUCAGCGAGACCCUCAUUUUUAUCUUCCUUGGUGUCUCCACUGUAGCCGGGAAACACCACUGGAACUGGACGUUUGUCAUUGGCACCUUGCUCUUCUGCUUGGUUGCCAGGGUAUUAGGUGUCCUAGGGCUGACUUGGUUCAUCAACAAAUUCCGCAUCGUGAAACUAACCCCGAAAGACCAGUUCAUCAUUGCCUACGGUGGCCUGCGAGGGGCCAUUGCCUUCUCGCUGGGUUACCUUCUCGACUAUGAGCAUUUUCACAUGAGGGAGAUGUUCCUGACAGCCAUCAUCACAGUCAUCUUCUUCACAGUCUUUGUGCAGGGAAUGACCAUCCGUCCACUGGUGGACCUCCUCGCAGUGAAAAAAAAGCAAGAGACCAAGAGGUCCAUCAACGAAGAAAUUCAUACACAGUUCUUGGAUCAUCUUUUGACGGGCAUUGAAGACAUAUGCGGCCACUAUGGCCACCACCACUGGAAGGACAAGUUGAACCGCUUCAACAAGAAGUACGUGAAGAAAUGCCUGAUUGCUGGCGAACGUUCCAAGGAGCCCCAAUUAAUUGCCUUCUAUCACAAGAUGGAGAUGAAGCAAGCCAUUGAACUGGUGGAAAGUGGGGGGAUGGGCAAGAUUCCCUCGGCCGUCUCCACCGUCUCCAUGCAGAAUAUCAAUCCCAAAACUUUGCCUGUGGAGCGCAUCUUGCCUGCCCUCUCGAAAGAUAAGGAGGAGGAGAUCCGGAAGAUUCUACGCAACAACCUGCAAAAAACUAGGCAGAGGCUGCGCUCAUACAACCGACACACUUUGGUCGCAGACCCUUAUGAGGAAGCCUGGAACCAGAUGUUGCUGAGGAGGCAGAAAGCUCGGCAGCUGGAACAGAAGAUGAACAACUAUCUGACGGUGCCAACCCACAAAAUUGACUCACCAACCAUGUCAAGAGCACGCAUUGGAUCAGACCCUCUAGCUUAUGACCCCAAGCCCAACUCGGAGAACCUUCCCAUCAUAACCAUUGACCCCGCCUCCCCUCAGUCUCCAGAGUCUGUUGACCUAGUAAACGAGGCAAUUAAGGGGACGAACCGCCUCCCGCCAUCCCCGGAGGAAGAGGAGGACGAAGAAGGGCUGGUGAUGCGAGCCAAAGAGCCUUCCUCUCCAGGCACGGAUGACGUGUUCACCCCAGGGACCGGGGACAGCCCUAGCAACCAGCGGAUCAUGCGAUGCCUCAGUGACCCUGGGCCGCGGCCUGACCCUGACGAGGGGGAGCCCUUCAUCCCCAAAGGGCAGUGAGCCCCGAAAUGCACUACUAGAGCUGGCCUGAAGGGGGAGCACCCUGCACGUGCACUCAAAAGACACAGUAGCUCUCAUGCAUCUACUUUAUGGGGCAUCUCGCUUCCUCUCCACACACCCCAAUCAUUCCGCCUCACAUAUCCCCAAAUCAUUCUGAUCCUACCCCCGCAUCUUCACUUUAGAAACUUUGCUAGGUAGUAAGAGAGAUCACCAAAAUGGAAUGUAUCUUGUGUCCGCUGGGCCGCUUUAUGAAGGAAACAAAGGGUGUCGGAGUUGACACUCCCCGCCAGGACUCCUACCAUGUUGAGAAGGCAGAGAAGGGUGUGUUUCGCCCCACGGCUGUCUUUUCCUGCAGGGUCCAGAGACUGCUCUUAUUUGUGUGCCUCAAACCUUUCAUCCACUUGCACUUCAUUUUGGAGAGGGUGUUGCUCUGGCCUUCCGAAUGCACCAGAAAAGCUGGGGAUAUUUUCUUUCACCUGGCAUCAGGUGUAGUAGGAAUCUGGGGCUAGACAGCAUCUCAUGUUGGGCAGUCCUCCUUUUGCUUUGCCAUGGGCUGAGUCUAUGGUGCCUGGGGUGAAUUGUGAAGCCAGAAUUCUCUCUUCUGGAUUUGCUUCCUAUUCACCAGCUGUACAUUAGCUUGAUAGCUCCUAGACCUGAUAUUCUCAGUAAGGUAUUUCACUGCUCCCCCUCUAAAAAAAGCCUUUGAAAUCCG